AUGUCUGCUACGCAAGCGCCACCCAGCGUCGCUCCGUCGGGCGAGGAAGCCAUCCACCGCACAGUCGACGCCGAGCCACAGGCCUUCGUCGACAGCGAGGUCCCGCUCGACGAGGCGUACGAGGUCGACCUCACCCUCAGCGAGAUCGACAAGGGCGGGUACCAGCGUAUUGCACUCCAGUUCGCUGAUGAGCAGCUGCACGACGCCGUGGCGGUCUACAGGGCUUUGCGGGAUCGCUUGCCGAAGGAGAAGGAGCUCUACGUGCUUGCGGAUACGACCUACGGCAGCUGCUGCGUCGACGAGGUUGCAGCACAGCACGUCGACGCCGACUUUGUCGUUCACUACGGGCACACCUGCCUCUCCCCAACCGCCCGCCUUCCCGUUCUCUACGUCCUCACCAAGCGCGAGAUUGAUCCGGACCAUGCUGCGAGCUCCUUGGCAAGCACAAGCCGGGCGGGCUUGGAGGAACAGCCUGCAAAGGCGGCGAUCGUGUUGUACGAUGUCGGCUACGCGCACAAAGCUCACCUCGUCGCUGAUGCGCUUCGCUCUCACCUCCCGCCUUCACUGCCCGUCGUUCUCUCACACCUCGACAAGCGCGCCAACCUCCGCUCGCACGCCCACACAUCCGGCACCAUCUCCGAGACCUCAACUUCUUCAUCCACCACGAAGGGCAAAGAGCGCGCCCCUUCUUCCCCUCCUUCCGCCUUUGCGGCCGACACCGACACCCCCUCGCUCGCCUACGACGACGAGCCGUCCGUCCCUCCCCCGCCCAUGACCGUCCCACGCACUUCCUCGCGCUACGACUUACCUGAAGGCGUCGAGAGCAUCGAGGACUGCGUCUUGUUUUGGAUCGGACCUGAGAGUUUGGCGUUGAGUAAUGUGUUGUUGACGCAUGGGCGGUGUAGGGUCUGGUCCUACGACCCGACGACUCGACACGCUCGCCUCGAGAGCGGGCGGACGAACCGGAUGUUGAUGCGGCGGUAUGCGACGGUCGAGAAGGCAAAGGAUGCAGACGUGAUUGGUAUCCUCGUCGGGACUCUCGGUGUUGCCGCCUACCUCCCGCUCAUCACCCAUCUCCGUCAACUGAUUGCCUCGCAUCACAAGAAGAGCUACACGGUCGCCGUCGGCAAGCUGAACCCCGCCAAGCUCGCCAACUUCAUCGAAGUCGAGUGCUUCGUCCUCGUUGCGUGUCCCGAGAACUCGAUGAUUGAUUCGAAGGACUUCCUCCGCCCGAUCGUCACGCCCUUCGAGCUCGAGCUCGCUCUCACUUCCAAAGCCUGGACAGGCGACUACAUCCUCGACUUUGCGCAGCUACUCGAAUCGUCCGACUUUGGCCAGGACGCCGGAACGGUUGAGGUCGAGCAGGGAGAGGAGGACGAGGGCGAGGCCGAGGCAGAGGAUGGCGAGGCGCCGGUCUUUUCCGCUGUUACGGGGACGUAUCGGCAUCCGAAGAAGUACUAUCACCGAGGGUUCAAGGACGCCGACGACCUCACAUCGCAAGCUUCAGCUCUCGCAAUCCGCGAUCAGUCCUCCGCCGUUGCUCGCGUCCUCGGCUCAGCAGCAGGCGAGUACAUGUCAACGCGGACAUACAAGGGUCUCGAGCCGCGGUACGGGCAAGAUGCGCCUGCUGUGCUGGAGAUGGGCCGGGAAGGCGGUAUUGCGCGCGGGUAUGGGUACGAGAAGGGCACAGACGGCGAAACGGAGUAA